CCAGGUAUCAAUAGUACGAGAAGUACAAGUAGUAAAUAAUAUUCUGAUUUAUCAACGCCGGCUCGGCCAGGUGGUGAACCAUGAAGAAGAUGUAGGGCGGAAUCCGCAGGUUCUACGAGCAGGACGUGGAGAUGAAGAAGGAAUUUUUCGGCCGCGACCCGACCAAGAAAGUCGUCUACAACGUACAACAACUUCGAUCUGUACAACGCACCCGCCGCCAACUGGCGUGAGUAUCACAUGGCUCCGGAUCCGCCAGUGCCGGUGGAACUACCGGCUUGCUGCAGGGAAAUCCUGACGGAGUACUCCGGGGAGAUGAAGAAGUUGGGAGAUUUGCUGUUUCAGCUGUUGUCCGAGGCUCUGGGUUUGAGGUCAAAUCAUCUCAAAGAGAUUGGUUGUGUGGAGGGAAUUGUGAUGGGGUGUCAUUACUAUCCGGCCGGAACUCACGAUAGGAUUGGGAAAACAUUCCAAUCUCGACUUUGCCACUGUCCUCCUACAGGAUCACAUCGGAGGGCUUCAGGUUCUUCAUCGGAAUCAAUGGGUCGAUGUGCCUUACUCUUUUGGAGGUUUGGUGAUUAACAUCGGAGAUCUGCUUCAGGCAAGUUCCUUAUUUAGUUAUUUUGUUGUUGUGGAAAGUUGACUUAAUUCUUCGAGACUCGUAACAUGCAUAACGGUCCAACAUUUUUUCCCCAGUUGAUAUCGAACGAUGUGUUUAUAAGCGUGGAGCACAGAGUGGUGGCAAAAAGUGUUGGGCCAAGAGUGUCGAUAGCAUCACUUUUCGGCACAUGACUUUCACCGAAUCCGAAGAUCUAUGGGCCGAUAAAGGAGUUGGUGUAGGAAGAUAAUCCGCCGAUAUACAAGGAAAACACGAUGCACAACUACGGUGCCCGCUACUUUGAAAAAGGUCUUGAUGGGAGCUCUACAUUGCUUCAGUUUAAGCUAUGAGGGUCGAGUUGCUAAAUAUCUAUGCGAAACUUAAGAUUUACGUAAUGUAUUUUAGACAUAUAAUCCAUUUGUGAGAUAUCAAUGGCCCCUACUACAAUAAGAGGCCUUGAUGAUGGGUUCUUUACUUGGGCACAUUUGGAUACUUUAAUGCUAGUCGGAUAUGCAAUGUAAAAAUUUCUUAUAGUUGAAGCGCAAUUGUUUUGAAAGUCGUUUCUCUCCCAUAUUUACUGUGAGAGUAAUAAGUUUGCGGACUAUUUAAUCAAUUAUAACCAUUGUUUGUCUCCAAGCAUCUACACGAUUUCGAUUUUGGAUCCUGCCCUUAACCAUUUUCUGUUGUAUGACUGUCAUGAGCUUUCUGAACUAUGUUUGAUGUUGUAUAAAAGCUAAAAUGCUUUGCUUGUUUUUUUAUUGGUAAUUGAUUUCCAAUAAUUUUAACACAUACCAAUUUAGAGUUGUAGUGGUAAGCCAAUGUCAUUCUAUUCAAAGAUUCUCUUGCUGCUCUAGAAUAUAACAAUUGGCCUUUAUACAAGUUAAAUUAUCUUCCGGGAAAGACAAGAAGGGAGCUAGCAAAUCCUUUGGCCACAAUACUUAUCAAACCACUCCAGCUUCUACUAAUCCACAGGAUAGAGUGAGAACUCUCCAAGCUGAAAUCGUAUAGUCUUUCUUAAGAAGAGUCUUGACCUAUUACAAGUGUUUGUAUAUAUCAUGGUUCAAGAAAGCACCCUUAAACUGACGUUUAGACACGCGCCUAGGCUCUAGGCAACACCAAAAUACUUUGGAUUUCGUGGCGACUUAGAAUCAAAAAUAUGUCAUAGAGUAAGAAGACACCUAGGUGAUGCCUAGGCAUAAUUAGACUGAGAUUGGUAGCCAAUAUCAAAGGACAAAAUCAGCAUCAUCUACAAACUCGAUCAUCUAUAUCAAUAGUUUCAAUAGCUCAAGAACUUUAUGAGCUAUUUAGCUAUGUUUAUAUGAGCUUGUGAGCUAGCUUGUGAGCUAUUUCUCUUGUUGUUAAGUGUUAAGUAAGUUAUUAAUCAAUCAAACUGAAGUAGGGAGUGCAACAAUUUUUAUUUCUUUCAUUAUAUGAUAUAAAUUGCUAAUUUUGCUUUCAAAGUCUAAGCAGGUUAGGUGACGCCUAGGCGAGCUAGAUGUUAGGCAAGACUCCAACAUCCACCUUACAACUAGCUCUUCUUCAACCUUGAUAUAUAUAUGGUGGCGUCUUUGCUGCACUCACUUUUUUGGGUGCAUUCAAUGCACUCACUUCAUAACCGUAAUUUUUAAUUUUAAACAUGCGAUUUAUGUCAAAAUGAUGUCAAUCAUCACUUAUGAUGUGAUGAAUAAUAGAGCACAUGAAUUUGCACAAAAACCAUUAAAGAUUUACUUUAAUU